UAAAAGCAUUUUCCUUCAUAAUCUAAGACAUGUAUCUUCCAAUUUAGAGCUUGACGAGUAAAUGAAGCAAUUUGGAGAUGUGAGAGAUACGGAUGCCGGAUCUUCUAGAAGGUUCCGAAAUCGCUCGUCCAAAUUCCAUCAAUUCACAUUCGAAAGCAGUAAUAGGUAAUUUGGGACAUCUAUAUUUGCGAAUAAAAGCAAUUUCUUUCAAAUCUAAAACAUGUAUCUUCCAAUUUAGAGCUUGACGAGCAAAUGAAGCGAUAUGGAGAUGUAGAAGAUAAAAACAUCGAAUCUUCUUUCCAGAAGGUUUCGAAACUGCUCGAAGGCAGCCAUAAUCGACAAAACGUCUUGCACAUCAUGGCGGAAAGUCUGCAUCGCAAAAUAAUCGAAGUGGGAUCAAUUGAAGCGCAACAUGGGGCGACGCUGAACAAGAGAGCAACAUCGAGGCGACCGAGACACCGGUGGGCUUCGACGCGACGCGGUGAGUGUUAUAAACUCCAACACCCGCGGAGUGUUUCUCUUAGUAACGCAACGCGUAAUUACAAUCGAGCCAUUGAUUUCGCGAGGGAGAGAAAGGCGAAGCGCGGCAGCCGAAAAGAAAUCGAUAAAUCAUAGAUAGGGCAGAAGUGAA